AUGGGCGACGGAUCAGACUACCCCAGUCCACGAAGCGAAGCUCCGCAUGGAGUUGCUGUCGCCUCUGCGCUUGCCUCUGCAACGGAGUCUCUUUCCUCAAUUGCCAGAAUGAAUGAACAAGCCUCCGUUCUCGGCUAUGCUAAUUUGAACGGGACUGUCGACACCACCACUCAGCCACGCCUCCCUGAGCCCCGUCUUUCUCAACCGCGCCUGUCUGUUCGACGCGCCCGUGAUCCUCCCAAGAAUGCCGAAGGCCAAAUCUACUGCGACCACGCGGAUUGCCAGGCAGCACCACCCACUUUCCGCCGUCCAUGUGAAUGGAAUAAGCACAUGGAUAAGCAUGACCGUCCCUAUAAAUGUUUCGAGCCGGGAUGCGACAAAAUACAAGGCUUCACCUACUCCGGCGGCCUCCUGCGCCACCAACGCGAAGUACACAAGAAGAACAACGACUCCAAGAAACCCUUGAUGUGUCCUUAUGCGGACUGCAACCGCAGCACAGGCAACGGUUUCACGCGCCAGGAAAACCUUCGCGAACAUUUGCGCCGUCGUCAUAUGCAUACCGACGACGGUUCCACAGCCUCGAUCCUCGUGGACAUGCCUUGGGAACGGGCAAAUGAGCUCGAAGGAGUUCGCGCUAAUUCCCUUCCUGCGACGGGCAUCAAACGUCGGCAUGAUUCGCCCAUUAAUGGACUGCCAAGCCAUGACGACACCGGUGAUGACCUUCACAACGAAGUGAAGCGAUUACGUCGGGAAGUCCAGGAGAAGGAUCGUCGUUUGGAGCAGCUGGAGCGGAUUGUUGCCGAUCUUCAACAGGCCAUUCCUCAACCUCAUGUGCCGGAGCACGAUCCUCAGCUCACUCAGGCGAUGCCACCCCCGCCACCACAGACUGCCAUUCAUCAAGUCUAA